GGGAGCGCCGCCGAGCACGAUGGUGACGGCUUCGUACGACGGCAACGUCAAGCAGUGGGACUUUCUGGACGGGCAAUGGCUGCUCGUGGGCUGCUUUCGGACGCUGUCGAGCCACCUUACUGUCGCACGCGGCCUCGAAAUGAACUACAUUUGCACUGGGUCGGACGAAGGCAGUGUCGAAGUGUGGAAACUCCCCAUGGCAGCGCCGCUGCAUUUCGGCACGUCCAAGAAAGCAGUUGUGCACAUCGCGCACGCGCACGCCCGACCGAUCGCUGACAUUAACGUGCACCAAAUGCUUGGCGCGACCCCGGACUUGGACUGCACGCUCCUUGCCACGUCGGCCAAAGACGGCUCGAUCCUGUUUUGGCUCUUUGGCACGUCGCUCGACGGCGCGUCGUUGCUCUCGUUCCAAAGCAUCGCGACGAGCCAGCCUCUGUGCGGCACCGGCCACUUGACCUUUGUCGGGUGCUUGCCCCACAGCCUCGACAAGCUCUGCGUGCUACCGAGCUCUAAAAAGGCGCUCGUGGCACUCGCUCUCGAAUCGUCGGCGCCAUCGAGCGUCGACGCGCCAGUGUCGCCACCUCGUUGUCCGCCGACAGAGCUCCUCCCUUCGAUCCCGGACGUGCCCGACACGGUCCACGUUGAAAUGACGGCGCCCAUCGUCGAGCUCCACAUGGACGUCGACGAGAACGACCGGUCCACGACGCGCCAUACCCUCGUGGAUACGACGCCGAUCGAGCCGAAAGCGCGCACCAAAGCAAAAACGCACACCCCGUGGCUGCCUGCCGCGCUUGCCCGCGGCGCCCCCCGCGUGUACAAGACCAAGCCGCCACCUUUGGACGCGACGCAUCAACGAUUGAACGUCGUGUCGGCAUACGGCGUUCAAAGCGAGCACAGCGAUAGUCUCAGCAUGCACUACCCGACCUACAAGCUCGACACGACAGCGCGACUUCGCAAAACGGCGCUUCAAAACAACCAACUCCCCCUCCCGCUCUUGGAACACAAAGAGGCGCUGCCCCCCGAGGUGCACAUCAUCGACGUUGCGGUGCGCCCCGCGUCCAUCGACCAUGGACCGGCGUUCUGGCUCCAAGCGCAGUCGAAAGCGGUGGCGCGGCGGCGCACGGUGCUCAUGCCGUCGGUGGCCCCCACGUGUGUGUCAACGACUCCCCAGCCCUUCUCGAUCGAGAUGCUCGAGUUGCCGUGGAUCGAGCUUUCGUCGUCGCAGCAAAUGGUCGAGCUGCAGUGCAGCGUCUUGUGCGUGCCGGUGCGCCGCGCUGCCGAAAUGGACGGGGUCGUGCUGCCGUCCUCCAUCCUCCUCGAUAACGAUGCCGACCUCUCGGCGACCGAUCGCGGGAUCUGGAACCACUACACGUUGUGGUAUCUCCAGAACGCCAACGCUCGAAAAGUGUUUUUGAAACAAGAGCUAUUGUACGCGCUGAGCCACAACGACGUGAUCCAGCAGACGCAACUGCUUGGUAUUACGAUGCCCCGCGCCUCAGACGCCGAGAGUCUCAACCACGCGAGCCCUCUCUUUUUUCGAUGGGCCCGCUUUUGUCUCUGGUAUACACGUGGUGUCGUGGCCGGGAGUGUCGACGAGCUGCCGUGGCUUCUCGAUGCAGCCGACGACGAGCCGAGCCGGCUGUCGCGGCUCGAAGAACGCACGCUCCUCCUUCGCGAACGCCUCCAGCAAGUGGAGCACGCCAAGUUUGACUUUGACGUGCUCCAGAAACGGGAGCUCGUGCGGAUGAAAGCGGCCGCGAAAGCGGCGGCGAUCCUGCUGCAGCGGCUGAAGCGGCCCGUGCCCGUGCCCGAGAUCGCGCUGCCCCCCGAGUUGGUGUCGUUGGAAGUGGAUUUCUUCCAGCCGAUCGCGCUCCCCGAUGGAACACGCCUCGAGUUUGUACCGUGGGAAAGCAUGAGUACGGUCGAGCAGGAGAAGGAACUUGCGCUCGCAAUGAGCGACGUGCGCGUCCGCCUCGAAGCCAUGCGCCACCACAUCAUUUUGCCCGACGAAGUGAGUGCAUUGGCGCUGGACGACGAAGGCCUCGUUCGCGAGCGCUGCGCAGCGUUUCUAACAUGGUGGACGACAACCAACAACCCGACGCGCAUGGAGUUUUUGAGACACGAGGCAAAAGAAGCGGCGACCGACGAGACCGUGCAAGUCGCCGCGUCGCAAGUGGGCAUUGACGUGGCGUUUUACACGGCGCUGCAGGCUUUUCAUCAACCAGGAAAACCUUUGCCGUUGCGGCGCGACGCCGACCUCGAGGCCCAUCGCGACGUGUACCACGACUGGUACUUUCAAGUCGCCAACGCCGAGCAUUUGGCGCGCGUCGAAUUUCUAAAACAAAAAGUGCUCAAGCUCAAGCGGCAGCUGCGGUUCCAAAUGCUCCUCGAGCUCGGCCGGAUGCCACCACCGCUCUUGUAUGAGCUUUUGCCAGCGCCGCGCUUGGCCUUUGAAGUGGACGACAUGAAAAGCAAACUCGAAUCCAAUAUUGUGGCGCCACCAAUCGAGGUCCAAGAGGUGCAAGCGGUGAUCGAAGCGCCGGCCAUUGUCGAAGUGCGUGAGAAAAUCGACUACGACGCCCUCGCCAAGCAGCGCAAGGCCAAGGAGCGCCAGCAGUGGGAAGAUGAGAUGCUGGUCAUGAACCGCGCGCAAAUGGAGUCGGAAGAUGCUGCCGCGCAGCUCUGGCGGUCCAUGGACGACGAGCACGACAUUGAGGUGGUCGAGGACAUGCCGGCACCCCGUGUCCGCGCGGCGCGCGACUAUACCAAAUCGUACUUCUUCUCGUCGCUCCCGAGCUCGCACGACGCGUACGCCAUCGCGGGGCUCGGCUGGCGCGCGGGCUGCGGCCUCUACAACGGCGACGAAGAGGCCGAAGCGCGCGAGGUGCGCGAACUUGAGCGGCUGCGCCAAUGGAGCUGGACCGCCUCGAUCGUACCGUUCUUGGUGUUUUCUAGACGCGCGUCGAGAUGUACUGCGUUGGUUGUAGGUCUUCGCAUUGCCGAAGAAGAGCGGCUCGCGGCGCUCGCCCUCGCCGAGAAGGAGCGUGAAGAGGAACGCAAGGCCGAGAAGCGGGCGCGGGCCAUCGAGCUCAAGCGCAUCCUGGCCUAUCAAAAAGAACUGGCGGCGCAGCGGGAGCUCGAGCGACAACACGCAGCUCGAGAGCGAGAGACGGCAGCGAUGGACGCCGAAGAACAACGGGAGCGCCAGCGCCUCGCCGACCUCGUCCGCGAACGCGCUGGCAUGACUCGCGCCGAGGCUGAAACGCGGUCGGUCGCCGCAGCGAUUCUCAAGGCGCGCCGGCACGACGCCGAAACCAUGGCUGCCAACCGCGCUUGCAUGCUCGCCGAGGACGCUCGGUCCCGCGACGCGGCCGCUCAUGCCGUGGCGACCGAGCGCGCGCGCCGGGAACGUAUCGGGUUUCUAAAAGAACUCUACACGCCAUUUGAGCCCUUCUUUGCCGAUAAUGCGGACGACGUCGACGACUGCCGACGCCUCGCCCCCGAGCUGCGCCCGACGAUGGAACACAAGCGGUAUACGGACAACUACACCUUAUCGUUCGGCGAUGCGCUCGUGCUCGAGACACCGGCGGCCGAAGUCUACGCUGCGCAGCCAUCCAAGCGCUUCCAGGCGCUCAUCGGCGUCCCCAUCAACUACCGCCGACCGCCGUCGACACCGUACGCCAACGUGGCUGCGUCCAUGGAGACGUUAGCGCGGGCACGGGCCAUUCCCGGCAUUCAAGUCGCGACACCCGGUGUACCCAUGGCCCCGGUGCGAUCCCGGCCGCAGACGACGACGAUACCAGCAGGUGCCGAGAUGGAGAUGCAGCCUCUUCGGGCCGUGCACACAGCAGGGUAA